UGCUCUAUGAUGCCCAUCGUGAAAACAGUAAGAAAGGGAAACUGUGAUGCACCGUAACAUAAGUAAAUGGCGAUGAAAGUGACAAGGCUUUAAAGAAGAGAUGAAGAAGGAAGAGUCCAUACCUUCACUCUCCAUCCCCGACUUAUCCCCCACGCUGGACGCCCGCAGCCAUAGCAACGGUGCUGCGAUGGACACAUCGCUUCAGUAGCCAAGUACAAUAACUUCAUCUACCACUCCAUAGUCCCGCUGCCGAGGGCAGUAUUUCCAGUUUAGGCGUUGUUUCUACAGACCUUUGCGACUGCAACGGAAGGAGAAGUUGUUGUUUUUAUGUCAGUGUCCUUGGUCCGUGUAAAUAGAGGAAACUUAAAAGUUGAGUUCCAGACUGGACUAACAGACGCCGAAUGAAGCAGAUGGCUGGUGGACUGUGAUGCAGUACGGCGCUAGCUGAUUAGCUAGCCGGCUAGUUUUCAAGGAGAAGAGAUCCUGUACUGAAAAUGUUUUGAAGUCUCAAAGUGCAAAGCUCUCUGCAGAAAAGGCAAAGAAGGCUCUCGGCAGCUGUUUCAAGACCAGUGUGGCAUCUCCUGCUUUGCCUGUGCAACUUGAAGACGUUGUCGAGGCUGAGUCGAAUAGUACCUGAUGACCCCUGCCAUCGAUGGAGAAAAACCCCCGGCCUGGUGGAAGCUGCACAAGAUCAACUUCCCACAACUGAGCAACGAGGAGUGGAGCUGAUGACAUGGAGGGCACUGGAGAGAUCAGCGACACCGACAGCGGCAUCAUCCUUCACUCUGGCUCUGACAGCCCCACAACCCACACCAAAGAUGUGCCCAGUCAUACCCGGGCCAUGAGGUCCAAGCACCAGUCCCUCCAAGACCGGCUGGAGCUUUGUCUUCUGGAGCUGGAAAAACUCUGCAUUCGAGAAGCGGAAUUGACGGGCCAGUUGUCAGCAGAUUACCCACUCUUACCAGGAGAGAAGCCUCCCCAAGUCAGAAGACGUAUUGGAGCAGCAUUCAGAUUAGAUGCAACGAGCAUCCCUGGAGGAGCGGAGGAGUCAGAGCUGGAUGUAGUGGAUGCAGAGGUGGGUCUUCAGCUGAAGAUCUAUGAAGCAGCUCGUAAACUCUGCCGGGAGGACCACUUGAAUAAGGCCAUUAAGAGGAGCCGGUUACAGCAAUGUAAGCAGGAGGAGAGGAAGCUGAAACAGCUACAGGAGACGGCAUUCCAGCUUCGGCUUCAGCACAGACAAUCGUUACCACGCCCCACUCAUGACGUUACCAAGCAAGAUCAAGGCACCUCAGAUGACAGUUCUCUGUCUGAUUCAGCUGUGCUGGAUGAAGAAGCAACCAGCCAGUCAUCUCAACCAUCCUUGGGACUUCCUCAUCCAGGAGUCACAAAUUCUUCCCAGCCGCUACCUGAGUCUUCACCUGCCCCCACAGAGAGCUUCGCCCUGUCUCCCUCCAUGGCCUUGCAGCCACUUACUCCCAGCCAGUCGAAUCAUGCUCAUCUUGACCUCAGGCUGAGUUUGAACUCUGAUGUCAACUAUGAAGCCCCGCCUAUUCAGCAUUCCCCCUGGACAGAGUCCAGUCUGGACCAGCCCUAUCAGAGGACGAAAAAGUCCCGCUCUUCCAGCAUCAAGUCAAGCAGUCCAGUCACACCCCAAGUGUUGCCUCCACUGGAAGCCUGUUUGGGACCCUCCUCCCUCCAGCAUCAGUUUUCCCAUUUAAAGCUGUGCCACACCCAGUCAGCCAGUGCCCCCUCCACACCAGAGCUGCGUCUACAUCGACAGCUGUCCCUCAGAUUAUCCAGCGCAGAGUCUUCCUGUGCCACAGAAAAGAUCCAAGGUUGCACCAGGCGUCCAAGGAGGCGGUUGACAGAUUACACAGUAGCUUUACCAGAGUCUCAUGCACCUAGACUGAACUAUGGAAACCACACUAACUCCGAGGACAGCAACUCGGAACACUCAUCUACAUCGUAUGCCAGCUCUCCAUGUCAAGAAAUGCUCUGUGAUCUGCCCAGACAAUCCCCGUUCCAGUACCCCAGCCCGGCUGGCAGCUCCAGGCACCUAACCUCAUCAAGCCCCGUUUUUUAUGGUAACACUAGGCACCUGUCCAGCCCAAGUUUUAACAGAAGACACUACAAAGAAGAGGUUGGUUACAUCCAUGAUGCGAAUAGGGCGAGGAGCUACCAUGUCCAACAGUCUCCCUGCCCUUCAGAAAGACAUGACUACUCUUACACAGAGGCUUCUGUCCAACUCCAGAGAUCACAAAGACACAGGCCUCGUGAUGUUAGACUCUCUCAUUCCCCCUCCCUAUUAGAGCAUCCACAGUACCAUUCUGGUGGUCUCCCAAGACAUGUGGUGAAUGAGGAGCUCAAGUCAUGGCACCAGCGCAGCAAGUUCAAAGUUCCCAGACCCCGCUCACUUGACAGAGAGGGUGCAAUUAGAAGAAAAAACAACCAAGACCGGGAAACACCCCUGUGCCAGUCCCGGAAAUACCAAGAACGGAUUAUCCAAAGAAGGGUUCCCCGGAGGGCUGUUGAUGAUUCUCAGUUGCAUUUGGUUUGUCGAGGACAAUUCUGAGAUUUUCAGUCAGCAGUAAGGAGGAACUCUGCUCUUUCUCCAAUGAUUUUUAAAUAGAGGCAACAACUGGAAUAUUUCUUUUACAUCUCAACUGACAUUGUCAGAAAUGCCUUUUUAAUCAACUGUUUUUAUCUAUAAGGAGUUUGAUUGUCUGCAAUGAAUACUGGCAGUAUUUGUAUUUGGACAUAGUUUUUCUCCUAUUAUACCUUUAAAAAUAAAUUUCUAAUAAAUAAGA